AUGGCUUACUUGGGAUUCUUCCACCUGCUCUCCCUAGUGCCACAGUUCCAUGUGGUGAAGGAAAAUAAGAACUGGACAGAAGCUCAGCAGCACUGCAGAGAGAAGUUCACUGACCUCGCUACCAUAGACGACAUGACAGAGAUGGAGAAGGUGAACAGCACAAUCCGUGAAGCAGAUGCUGGAAAUGCGUGGAUUGGACUGAAGAAGGGAAGCAGUCCUAAGUGGCAGUGGUCUCUGGCUGACAGGGAUUUCUACAGAGAGAAUGAAACAGAGUUCAGGAACUGGGAUGUUCAACAACCAGAUAAUGGUGUGCAAGAAAACUGUGUCUUCAUAGGAGAAAAUGGGAAAUGGCAUGACUCCCAUUGUAAUCAUCUAAAUCACUUCAUCUGCUAUGAUGGAGGAAACUCCACACAGCCCUAUGUGCUGGUUAAGGAGAAGAAGAACUGGGCAGAUGCUCAGAGACACUGCAGAGAGAAUCACAUAGAUCUGGCCAGUGUGAGGAAUCAGGCAGAGAACGACCAAAUAAACAAAGUUAAAGGAGAGACAGGAGCAAUUGUCUGGAUCGGCCUGUUCAGAGAUGCCUGGGAGUGGUCAGAUGGCAGCAGCUCCUCAUUCCGCUACUGGGACACUGGAGAACCCAAUAAUGGCGAUAAGGACGAGUUCUGUGUUAAAACUCGUAAUGCUUCCGGUGCUCAGUGGAACGAUGCAGGCUGUGACGAUCGUAGUCACUUCAUCUGCUAUGAAGACCAUGCGCCACAGGAUCAGCUGCUGAAUGACCUGGCUGAACUGGAUGAAGAAAAUAAGAAACUGAAUAAUGGCAUAAAAGAUCCCAAAGAGGUGAAGAGGCAGAUUGUGAGAGUGGAGGUAACUUCUCAGGUGAACAUCAAUGACCCUGCCGUGCUGCAGGCCUUCCUACAGCAGAUUCAGCAGAGACUGAGGGACAGUGGAAUGCCAGCAGGUGCCAAACUGACCUGGAUGAGGCAACCGGAUGGAAAGAUCUUCAAAGAGAAGAAGGAGAAGAAAGUAGAGGGGAAGAAGAGGAUGAAGAGAACUGAGUUCUAA